GUAAUCGCGUCACCUCUACGUGUCCCGCCCUACACUGGCGAAGUGUUUCCGCCAAGAUGGUUGUAGGUGCCUUCCCCAUCGCCAAGCUCCUCUACCUCGGAGUGAGGCAGCUGAGCAAGCCUGUAGCGAACCGAAUAAAAGCGGGAGCCCGGAGAAGCGAGUUCUUUAAGACUUACGUCUGUCUGCCGCCGGCACAGGUUUACCACUGGAUUGAGAUGAGAACAAAGAUGCGGAUCAUGGGAUUUAGGGGUUCCACCAUUAAGCCACUGAAUGAGGAGGCAGCUGCAGAGCUGGGUGCAGAGCUGCUGGGAGAGACAAUCAUCUUCCUCAUUGGCGGUGGAUGCAUGGUGCUGGAGUACAGCAGGCAGGCUGCUAACUCUCGCCGCAAAGAAGAGGAGCUGAACGAGACCAUCAACAGCUUACAGACUCAAAUAGCAGAACUAACAAUAACCACAGAGACUCUAGAUGCUCAGCUGAGAGAAAUCAACCGGCAACUGCUGUCUUUUCCUGUUCCCAACAAAAAGUGAUUAAUUAGUUCCUUGGUAUAUCACGUGGUUGUUGGUCUGUGUGUGAAAGAACAAGAGUGCACAAACGUAGCACUGCCAUGUACAGCUUGAGUAUGACCCUGCUUCACACACCGUCCUCUGCCCAUUCAGAUGGAUGGAAGAGGUGGACAUAAGCAUAUCAGUACGCUGUGGAUUUGGGUGCUAUCAUUAGCUCAUGUUUUGAGCAACGAUUUUCAAAUGGGGAUUGCUAUGAUAUUCAUAGCACAUUCAUAUUUCUGUGGUUGAUCUUGCAUGUCCAUCAAAAAGUUGUCUGUAUAUAAAGAUUUACAAUAAAAUGCAAUGACUUCCCGAAAGUUAAUAUAUUUUAUGACAGCUACAGUGAUCCAAAUGGACAUUAAUCACUUAGGAAACUGAUUUUCAUGCUUCAUUUCAUACAACAACUGAGAGGAAUUGUAGGUUAUAUAAUAAUAAUAAUUAACAUCAAUUAGAAAAGUUAAAUGCAUUUAAUUGAAGACAAAAAACAGAGAAA